AUGCCCCACGAUUCGCCAUGCCACGAAGGCGGGCGGGCGGGCGCCCGAGCGGCUUUUAGGGUCGCGGAACAAAAGAGGUACUCGGCGGCCAGGGGAAAUCCCGCCUCGCUAGCCCCUUACCUUCCCGGGCGUCCUCCUCCCGCCGGUGCGCCGCGUAGCUCCUGCGCCGGGCCGGGGGACGGCAGCAGCCGCAGGGCUCCGGGCGGGGCGGCCGGAGCUCCCCACCGCCGGCGGGCUCCGGGCAGGGGCGGGCACGGGGUCUCGCUGCGCUCCGCUCCGCUUCACUCCGCGCCGCCAACAAAGUGCCGGAACGGCGCUGGGAGGUCGCCGGGCAGCGGGAGCGGCGGCGGAGCGGAGCGGCUCGGAGCUCCCUCUGCCGGCCCGCCGCCCCGCCCCGCCACGGCCACGGCCAUGGCCACGGUCACGGCCCCGCCACCACAGACACAGUCCCAGCUCUGGCCUGCCGCCGGGAAGCGCGGAGACCCGCGGAGGCCCCCGCGCCCGCGGUGCCGGCACCCGGUGCCAUGCAGGAUCCGCGCGCUGCCAGGGAUGAGGAGCCACCUCGCCUCUCCCCCAGACCCCAGUGAGAUUAACGGGGCGCUCACUAAACGCAAAGGUACUGAAAGCAGCUCCCCGGAGCUGGGCUGA